AUGGCAUCUACCCGCCGAAAUGGUCAGCUCUCAUCUUGUGAGCCUUGUCGAAAGUCCAAGUUGCGUUGCGAUCAUAUGUCACCUUUUUGUGGACGGUGCUAUCGAAGAGGCUUGCAAGAUCAAUGUAUCUAUCACCCAGCGCCAUUGACUCGACCUGAUCUGCGACAGCCAAGCAGGAAGCGACAAGAAAAGGCCAAUAAAGAUGAACCAUUAAAUACUUCUUUCAAUGCUGAGAACGAAAAUUGGACACAAAAGAAGGCAUCCGUAUCAACUCCCGGAUUUCUUGGACAUACGAGCUACUCAGAUGCAUUUACGGAUACCACUAGAAGCGGAACUCCAUUAAACACGCAACGGGAGCGGCGCGAAAUCGAAUCAAUCUCUGAUAGAAGUACUCUCGACUUUGAGGGCGUUGCAUUUGUUGAUUCCAAAAGAGUUCAAUUGGGUGCCCAGGUUCUCGUCCUUUUGGAAGAUCUUCCGUUCUAUCGAAAAGUAGUCACAGCACGAUUGAAAAUAUGGGAAGGAUGGUGUCUUGGAUGGCCUGUGACAGAAAUGCUUUUCGACACCGUUGAGAAGAUGUGGUAUUCGGCGGAGGUAGAGACGGAAGAUCCCAAGUUACGCGCCUUGACAUUAUCCAGACGAAUCUUCCAAAGCUACACUCGCCCAUUCGAUGUUAAUAAAACACUCUCAUGGUCAGAAUUUUCCUCUUCAACUUCCGGAAGAUGGGAGACCGUGGGUCUUGUGUUUUGUUUGACCGGCCUGGCGACAGAAUGGUUGUCAAAGGAGGAUCCUCUGUUCAAGCAGCCUGGAUCGCUAGACCCAGAGAGUCUAGCAACUACUGCAAGUACCGUGUGUGAUAUCUGCCUUCAGCUCUGCGAUAGUGUUGGUAUUAUAAAUGACAUCGUUACCUGGCUGCUCCUGCAUCAUACCAUACUACUGGCGGUGGUAUAUGGAGAGGGUGGUUGGUUAUCUAAGAAGCCCAGCUCGUUAUCGUCUAAAAUUACUGAUUAUGCGACUAGAUUAUCGACCGUGGAGAAAGCUUGGCGAGCUCUCUACAGCAGUUUUUGCCCUGGGACUCCAUCAAGACUCAAGCUCCCGGGUACCGUUUUUUCUUUCUGA